UAUCUCGGACUCGCUGAGCGGUCCAUUCAGCACCGAGAGAAGUCAUCCUGUCGAAUUUGGGAGGGUUGGUUGACCGGGAGUGAACAAAGCGAGGGUGAAAGGGUCUGGGUUGAUUUCUGCGAAAGAGAUGAGUCAAAGCCCGUUCCCCGUUCGUCACCACCCCAGAAACCCGCAUCGAGCAACGAAAUGAACCUGACCCCAGAUCUUUCAACCUCUUUUUUUCUUUAUCCCCACACACUUCCAAAUACUCGAGAGAGCGAGAAAGAAAGAGAGAGAGGGGAUAUGACGGGUGAGGGAGGUCACGGGAAGAAGCGCCCGGCCCAAGAUGACCCCGAUGGCGCGCAACCGUUAACUAAGAGAUUUGGACACCUACGACUAGAUAAUAGCGUGCCAAUCUCCGCUCGGACCCAACCCAAGGGGCAUAUUCAGCAUAUCCAGCCUGUCCAUAACCAACAUGACCACAUUGACUAUCAACCACAUAACCAACAUAACCAAGAGCCUUCCCUUGAUCCAAUGAUGUUGGAUGACACCAAGCAUACGACUUACAUACACGACCUGGAUCAGGAAUUAUUGGAAGAUGACUCUCCUGGUUUGGUCUUUGCACCAUUCGCGGAGAAAGUGCUUUCAGUUCCUCAAUCCGUUCUAUCCGACUCAAAAUCCUCAGGGAAAGAACUCGUUCUUUAUACAGAACCAUCCUCCCUCACCGUUCCCAGAGAAAAAGAUAAUGUUCGAAAAGCAAUUCUUGAAUCUCGAGCACGAGCUAGAGAGAACAAGGUUACAGAGAAGGUUACAGAGAAGGUUACAGAGAAGGUUACAGAGAAGGAAGAUUUAUAUGACGAUCCAAUGGAUAUUGAUAGUUGA